AUGGCUGCUUUUGGUAGAGUUCUAUUAGGAAUGAUGGCUUUCACAGUCUUAAUCAGUGUGUCUGCUGAUCCAGACAUGCUUCAAGAUCUUUGUGUUGCUGAUCUCUCUUCUGCUGUGAAGGUGAAUGGAUUUGCUUGCAAGUCAAACGUGACAGCUGAGGACUUCUUCUCCGCGGGGCUUGCCAAUCCAGGAGCCACCAACAAUUCAAUGGGGUCAUUGGUGACUGGAGCCAAUGUCCAAAGAAUCCCUGGCCUUAACACCCUAGGCGUGUCCCUCUCCCGGAUCGACUAUGCCCCAGGAGGCCUAAACCCACCCCACACCCACCCGCGUGCCACCGAAAUGGUGUUUGUGCUAGAAGGUGAAUUGAAUGUUGGUUUCAUUACCACAGCCAAUGUCCUCUACUCCAAGUCCAUUAAGAAAGGUGAAAUAUUUGUAUUCCCCAAAGGUCUAGUCCACUUCCAGAAGAAUGAUGGCAAGGUUCCGGCUGCAGUAAUCGCUGCUUUCAACAGCCAGUUACCUGGAACUCAGUCCAUAGCAGUCACAUUGUUUGCUGCUUCACCACCCGUGCCAGACAAUGUUUUGACCAAGGCAUUCCAAGUUGGUACCAAGGAAAUUGAGAAAAUCAAGUCCAGGUUUGCACCAAAGAAUUAG